UAUGGAGUCCCCGCCGGGCUUCUCGAGCACUUUGUGCCUGCUCUUGUGCCUGAGCUCCGUUUUCGGCAUUGGCGUGGACCCUUCGGUGCAGAUUGACGUGCUGAGCGAGUUGCCGUUGGGGGACUCUGUGGCUGGAGUGCGGCAAGUUCAGGGGCUGCACAACGGCAGCAAAGCUUUCUUCUUUCAAGGUACUGCAAGAAAUAUAAAAGCAUCUCCAGAGAAAGCUGAACUUUUUUUCCAGAAACUAAGAAAUAAACAUGAAUUUACAAUGUUGGUAUCACUCAAACAAACUCUCUUAAAUUCAGGUGUUAUUUUUUCUGUUCACCAUUUAGAUCACAGGUACUUGGAACUAGAAAGCAGUGGCCAUAGAAAUGAAAUUAAAUUGCACUAUCGUUCAGGAAGCCAUCGCUCACACACAGAAGUAUUUCCUUACAUUUUGGCAGAUGACAAGUGGCACAGGCUGUCCUUAGCAAUCAGUGCAUCACAUUUGAUUUUGCAUGUAGACUGCAAUAAAAUAUAUGAGAGAGUUGUGGAAAAGCCCUAUAUGGAUUUACCAGUUGGCACUACCUUUUGGUUGGGACAAAGGAAUAGCGCUCAUGGCUUUUUUAAGGGCAUAAUGCAAGAUGUGCAAUUACUUAUCAUGCCUCAAGGAUUUAUCUCUCAGUGCCCAGACCUUAAUCGCACAUGCCCAACGUGUAAUGACUUCCAUGGUCUUGUGCAGAAAAUAAUGGAGUUGCAGGAUAUUUUAGCCAAAACGUCUGCAAAGCUGUCCCGAGCUGAGCAGAAGAUGAAUAAGUUGGAUCAGUGCUAUUGUGAAAGAACCUGCACCAUGAAGGGCAUCAGCUACAGAGAAUUUGAAUCUUGGACAGAUGGCUGUAAGAACUGCACCUGCAUGAAUGGUACUAUCCAAUGUGAAGCAUUGAUUUGCCCACUUUCUGAUUGCCCUCAUAAUUCUGCACCUGCAUAUGUUGAUGGCAAGUGCUGCAAGGAAUGUCAACCAAUAUGUGUGUUUGAAGGCAAAACCUACUUUGAAGGGGAAAGACAAUCUGUAUAUUUAGACUCAAAGGACUGUAUUCUGUUUGAAUGCAAGAAUUACAAAAUGCAGCGUACAGUGGAGUCAAAUUGUCCUGCUUUGAACUGUCCUGAGUCUCAACAAAUAUCCUUAUCUAAAAGUUGUUGCAAAGUUUGUAAAGGCCACAAUUUUUGCUCUGAAGGACAUAAGUGUUUAGAGAAUUCUUUUUGCAGAAACAUUGAAGAGAAGGCAGUUUGUAGCUGCCGAGAUGGUUUCCGAGCACUUCGCGAUGACAGUGUAUACUGUGAAGACAUUGAUGAAUGUGCUGAAGGGAGACAUUACUGUCGGGAGAAUACCAUGUGUGUCAACACACCAGGAUCAUUUAUGUGUGUCUGCAAAACAGGUUACAUCAGAAUUGAUGACUACUCUUGUACAG